AAACUUAUAUAUUUACUCAAGCGAUAACACGUAGAUAGUGUAUACAGGCUGACACGCCGCACAGGUAUUUAAUAUUCUCAGGACUAGACGGAAGGUCGAAAGAACAGGGCGGCCAUGUUGGAUUUUCAGUAAACUUCUCGUGUGAUCCCGCCAUCAGAAAUGCAUCCCCGGCGCAGUGUUCAGGGAGUCCUACUGUGUGACCUCUGUGAAACUGUCCCCCUACAGAGUCACUGUGAACUUUGUAAUAUAAAUCUCUGCGUUAACUGUGCAGUAAAGCAUGUCUCAGACUCGUCUAAAAGACACAAAGUCGUCCCCUUUCUACACAAAAAGUCUACUCCUAACUACCCAAAAUGUCCAGACCACGCCGAUAAACACUGUGAAAUUUACUGUGAAAAAUGCGACGUUCCUGUCUGUUCUACUUGCGUCACUUCAGGUAAACAUAAAGGUCACGAUAUAUCAGAUGUUCUGGAAAAACUCGGCGCUAAAACAGAAAGUUUACAAAAAGAUCUAGAAGAAUUGGAGACAAGAAUUUAUCCCCAAUAUGAAAAAAUGGUGUCUAAUGUCCAAAGUGAGAAAGCCGAGUUAGAAACGAAUUACGGGAAACUGACAACAGCCGCCGAUCAACAAGGAGAAGCCAUACACCGGGAGAUUACCGCCAUUGUCAACCAGCGGAAAUCCGCCAUUACGGAGAUGAAAACUAAACAUCUGGACGCGCUAAAUAAAAAUACAGAAGAAAUCACACAGAAAAUGGCGGAACUCAAACAGAUCAUGUCCGACUUGAAAUUAAUGCUAAAAUCAAACGACGUCUCCUUAACCUCUACUUACAAAUCUAGGAAUUCCGAAUUUAGAACAUUGCCGCCUACAGUCCGAGUUACAUUACCGAGUUUCUCUCCUCAGAAAAUAAACAAAGAUCAGCUCAAUGAAAUGUUUGGUUCUCUGUCGCCAUUAUCCAUUAACACAGAACAUGGCGACACAAUGAAGUCAGCAGAAGCUGUAUCGUCUCCUCCAGUCAAACCACUGCUUGAUGAGCCGCGCCUCACCGCCACCAUAGACACUGGGUGUAACGAACUAUACAGUGUUAGCCGUCUGAGUGAAGAUCAAGUCUGGACAUGCGGGACAAACAAAACCAUGAAGCUUCUCAACCUCCAGAGUGAACUACUGACAUCAAUACAAACCAAGUCGGGGGACGCACCAGGGAACAUAGCAGUGACACGGGACGGAGAUCUUGUUUAUACUGACAGUAGUAAUAACACUGUGAACUUAAUUAAGAAUAAACAGAUACAGACCGUGAUCACACUACAGGGGUGGAGACCUCGCUUUGUCUGCUGUACCGCGGCUAACCAUCUCCUGGUUACUAUGAACAGUGAUGAUAGAAAACAAUCCAAAGUCGUGCGUUACUCCGGCUCCACAGAAAAACAAAGUAUUCAGUUUGAUGAUCAGGGGCGUCCUCUCUAUUCAUCUAGUGUUUACAGUAAAUACAUCAGUGAGAACAAGAACCUGGAUAUCUGUGUGGCUGAUUGGGGAGCUAGAGCAGUAGUGGUGGUCAAUCAGUCAGGAAAUCUCCGAUUUAGAUACACUGGUCAUCCCUCCAAUACCAAGCAAUCAUUUAAUCCAGUCGGCAUCACUACAGACAGCCAGAGUCACAUCCUGACAGCAGACUAUCACAAUCACCGUAUCCACAUCCUAGAUCAGGACGGACAGUUCCUCCGUUACAUUCACUGUGGUUUAAAGUUUCCAUGGGGUUUAUGUGUGGACAUCAGAGACAACCUCUUUGUGGCUGAGUGGGGCACUGCUAAAUCAGCAGAAGCUGUAUCGUCUCCUCCAGUCAAACCACUGCUUGAUGAGCCGCGCCUCACCGCCACCAUAGACACUGGGUGUAACGAACUAUACAGUGUUAGCCGUCUGAGUGAAGAUCAAGUCUGGACAUGCGGGACAAACAAAACCAUGAAGCUUCUCAACCUCCAGAGUGAACUACUGACAUCAAUACAAACCAAGUCGGGGGACGCACCAGGGAACAUAGCAGUGACACGGGACGGAGAUCUUGUUUAUACUGACAGUAGUAAUAACACUGUGAACUUAAUUAAGAAUAAACAGAUACAGACCGUGAUCACACUACAGGGGUGGAGACCUCGCUUUGUCUGCUGUACCGCGGCUAACCAUCUCCUGGUUACCAUGAACAGUGAUGAUAGAAAACAAUCCAAAGUCGUGCGUUACUCCGGCUCCACAGAAAAACAAAGUAUUCAGUUUGAUGAUCAGGGGCGUCCUCUCUAUUCAUCUAGUGUUUACAGUAAAUACAUCAGUGAGAACAAGAACCUGGAUAUCUGUGUGGCUGAUUGGGGAGCUAGAGCAGUAGUGGUGGUCAAUCAGUCAGGAAAUCUCCGAUUUAGAUACACUGGUCAUCCCUCCAAUACCAAGCAAUCAUUUAAUCCAGUCGGCAUCACUACAGACAGCCAGAGUCACAUCCUGACAGCAGACUAUCACAAUCACCGUAUCCACAUCCUAGAUCAGGACGGACAGUUCCUCCGUUACAUUCACUGUGGUUUAAAGUUUCCAUGGGGUUUAUGUGUGGACAUCAGAGACAACCUCUUUGUGGCUGAGUGGGGCACUGCUAAAGUGAAGAAAAUCCAAUAUCUAUAAACACAGUGUUAAUUACAUCUACCAACACAGUGUUAAUUACACAGCUCUACAGUGUUAAUUACACAGCUCUACACAGCGUUAAUUACACAACUCAACACAGUGUAAUUUACAGAACUGUGUUAAUUCCUUCUAUUUGUUAAUUGCAUCAGCUUGUUAAUUACAUCUACUUGUUAAUUUCAGACCUAUGUACAUUACAUUCCCGUGUUAAUUACAGCCCUGUGUUAAUUACAGCCCUGUGUUAAUUACAGCCCUGUGUACAUUACAGUCCUCUGUUUGUGAUGUGUAACAUGUACUUGUGUUUGUGAAUUUAACAGAAUAUUAUUUUGUUUGUGAAUUAUAUCCUUCAAUAUGUGUUUGAUUUUACAAUGUAUAUAUUAGAUAAACAUGAUACAGAG